AUGGAUCGCCUGCUGGGCGCGGGCCAGCGGCUGACGCGAGUGCAGCUGAGCUAUGGCAACCUCACGCAGCUGCCCGUGGAGAUGUGCUACGCGCUGCCCAAUCUCGAGAGCCUCAGCCUGUGGAACAACAAGAUCGCGUCCCUUCCGCCCCAGCUGGCCCUCCUCACCAACCUCACCGAGCUCGAUCUCACUCGCAACUGCCUCACAUCUCUUCCCGGACGCAUCGUCGAGGUCGAGGGCAACAGGCUCGAGUGCUUCCCGGUGGAGGUGGGCCGCAUGGAGCGGCUGAUGGCGCCCCAGGGCCGCCUCUUUACCACCACCAACCCGCUGCUGUCGCCCUCCCUGGUCGACCAGCAGCGCGCCCUGCCCAAGUCCCUCCCCGCCCAGCCCACGCUCAAGGAGCUCGCCGCCCGCCCGCGCUUGCCGGUCGAUCUGGAGCGCUACCUGGACGAGCACGCGCGGUGCUCUGUCUGCGGGCGCUUCGUGUGGGCGGUCUUCGUGGAGGAGCUGCGCUAUCGCGUCAUCCGCUUCCGCCACAUGCCGGUCGUCUAUCGCUGCUGCUCCCUCACCUGUCUGCAACGCAUCGACGACCAUCCCACAUGA